AUGCCAUCACUGCGCACAUUGUCGAGCGCUUGGCGCUAUCACAAGACACUUUUGGGGGUAUCGUGUUGGACGCCACGUUCGACGCUGGCGAAAGACGUCUCGACUCGGUUCACAGGGUAUCUUUCGUUUUCCCAGUUCGUUGCUUGUGUUCGUGUCUGUUCUGAUUCUAGACAAAUGCUUUCUAGAAUAACACUGGGUUUUGUUCAAGCACCUCUCGCGAGGGUUGCACCGGCGUCCUGCGUUGCGGCGUGUCGCGUGCUGCCUGCGCGACCGGCAAGUGUCUUCAGGGGCGCUCCGUUGAUCCCCAGCGUGCCAGUUCCGCGUUUCAACUUUGCGGUUCAGACUCGGGUGCCGGCUGGAAGUGGCGUUUUGAGCCUGGAAGCGAUGCGCCACGGAGACCGUCUCAAGAAGUUGAACCGGCCUGCUGACCAACGAAAAGCACUUAUCCGGGCGCUCACUACAGAAGUGCUACGGCACGGACGCAUAAAGACAACUGUAGUGCGCGCGAAGGUUGUUCGGCAGUAUGCAGAUAAAAUGAUAACGCUGGCGAAAAGAGGAACGCUUGCGGCGCGACGGCAAGCAAUCGGUUUCAUCUACGAUAAGCAACUGGUGCAUGCGCUCUUCGAGGCAGCUCCCGAGCGCUACGGCGACCGCAACGGUGGCUACACCCGGAUCAUACGUGCUGGGUUUCGGCGAGGUGAUAACGCUGAACUCGCAUACAUCGAGCUUGUCUAG